AUGUGGAACUCCUCCCGCACACCUCCCCAGUCCACAUCCAACAUGUCUGCCUCCACUCUGCCUGAGGGCUGGGCUCUGUCCCAGUCACUAGCCCUGCUGGCCAUGCUGCUCAUGGAUCUGGUGGCUGUCGUGGGUAAUGUAGCUGUCAUGACGGUCAUUGCCAAGGCCCCACAGCUCCACAAGUUUGCCUUUGUUUUCCACCUGUGCGUGGUGGACCUGUUGGCAGCCCUGGUGCUGAUGCCCCUUGGCAUGCUCUCGAGCCGAGCCUUCUUCGGGGAGGCUCUGUGCAGGAGCUACCUCUUUCUCAGCGUGUGCCUGGUCAGUGCUGCCAUCCUCUCCAUCUCCGUCAUCAAUGUGGAACGUUACUACUACAUCAUCCAUCCCAUGCGCUACGAAGUUAAGAUGACUGUUGGCCUGGUGACCUCGGUGCUGGUGGGCAUAUGGGUCAAAGCUCUGGCCAUGUCUGCUCUGCCUCUGCUCGCCUGGUUCCUGCAAGGCGGAAGAGCUCCUCUUCUGGAGAAUAGUGGGGUUGGAGCGGGGAGUGGAGGAGCUGUUCCAUCUCCCUCUGGUCACAGUCACAGACGCUGCUCACUACACUGGACUGGAGGGGGCUCAAAUCGUUUAGCCUUCAUGGUCCUCUUCACCUUGGUGUAUUUCCUGUGUCCCGUACUGGUUAUUCUGGUUGUGUACUGCAACAUGUUCAAAGUGGCUCGGGUGGCCGCCAUGCACCACGGGCCACUGCCCACCUGGAUGGACACACCUCGCCGCCAGCGGUCAGAGUCGCUCAGCAGCCGUUCGACCAUGGUCACCAGCUCCGGGACUGGGACCGACAGAGCGACUCCACAGCGCCCCUUUGGAGGAGGGAAGGCUGCAGCCGUGUUGGCAGCUGUGGGUGGACAGUUCCUUUGUUGCUGGCUGCCUUAUUUUACGUUCCACCUGUAUUCAGCAUUGGCUGCCAGUCCACCCGCUGCACUGGCCUCUCUGGAAGAGGUGGUCACCUGGAUUGGCUACUUCUGCUUCACCUCCAACCCCUUCUUCUACGGCUGUCUCAACAGACAGAUCCGAGAGGAGCUGGGCAAGCAUCUGCCCUGUUUGUUUCGCAGGGCAGGGGCCGAAAUGGAAGACAGGCUGCCAAGUCGUGAAGGAUCAAUAGAGGAGAAUUUCCUCCAGUUUCUACAGGGUACCGGCUGCAACCUGGAUCCUCAAAAUUCACGCAGCACUUCCAGUCCCAAGGGGGAAGCCGGCUGCCCCAUGACUCAGUCCCAGCAAGCCGAGCCAGUACAUCCCAUACCCAUUGAUUUCCGCAUACCCGGACAAAUCGCAGAGGAGACCUCAGACUUCAUUGAAAAUGAACAUGUGAAAAACAACCAUGUGUAUGCAGACAGUUAA